AGCCAAGAGGAUCCUGCGAGUAAACACACGAGCCAAACUGACUCCUACUCCACGGCCCCAGCUGAACAUCUGAUAUCCAGCCCGGUGUGACGGAGUGCGCGAGACAUACCAAACAUGUCCCAGCAGGCAGUAAACGGGGUCCCGUGCAGGGGCAAGGUGCUAACUUUGGACAACAUGAACCCCAAUGUGAAGAAAGUCGAGUACGCGGUUCGUGGGGCCAUAGUCCUGAGGGCCAUGCAGAUAGAGAAGGAGCUGAAAGAGGGAGUCAAGAAGCCUUUCACAGAAGUUAUCAAAGCUAACAUAGGUGACGCCCAUGCAAUGGGUCAGAAACCUAUCACAUUUCUCAGACAGGUCUUGGCUUUGUGUUCUUACCCUGAACUCCUGGAAGACAACAAGUUUCCAGAGGAUGCAAAGCAAAGAGCGAGGCGUAUUCUCGAUGCAUGUGGAGGCCACAGUAUAGGGGCCUACAGUGCCAGCCAGGGUAUUGAGUGCAUCCGCCGGGAUGUGGCAAGCUACAUAGAAAAGCGAGAUGGUGGAAUCCCCUCAAACCCGGACAACAUCUACCUCUCCACUGGAGCCAGUGAUGCCAUUGUGACCAUGCUGAAGUUGCUUGUGUGUGGCGAGGGGCGUGACCGUACAGGGGUGAUGAUCUCCAUCCCCCAGUACCCUCUGUACUCCGCCGCCUUGGCAGACCUGGGCGCCGUGCAGAUAAGCUACUACCUUGAUGAGGAUAAGUGCUGGAGUCUGGAUGUUGCAGAGCUCAGGAGAGCCAUCAAUGCAGCCAGGCAGCACUGCAAUCCCCGCGUCCUCUGCAUCAUUAACCCCGGAAACCCCACUGGUCAGGUCCAGAGCAGACAGUGCAUUGAGGACGUGAUCCGAUUUGCUAAAGAGGAGCAUCUCUUUCUCAUGGCUGAUGAAGUUUACCAGGAUAAUGUGUACGCAGAGGGCUGUAAGUUUCACUCCUUUAAGAAGGUGCUGUUUGAAAUGGGACCAGAGUACUCCAGUACAGUGGAGAUGGCCUCCUUCCACUCCACAUCCAAGUGCUACAUGGGAGAGUGUGGAUUCCGUGGAGGCUACAUGGAGGUGAUUAACAUGGACCCUGAGGUGAAGGCCCAACUUACCAAACUGGUUUCUGUGCGCCUGUGCCCUCCGGUACCUGGACAGGCUCUCCUGGACCUGGUCGUCAACCCCCCGCAGCCGGAUGAGCCUUCUUACAACACAUUUAUGAAGGAGCGUACAGCAGUGUUAGCAACUUUAGCAGAGAAGGCCGCACUAACAGAGCAGACCUUCAACACUGUACCUGGCAUCACCUGUAACCCUGUGCAGGGGGCCAUGUACACCUUCCCCCGCAUCACUCUAUCCCAGAGGGCCAUCAACAAGGCAAAGGAAGAAGGCCUUGCCCCGGACAUGUUUUACUGCAUGAGGCUGCUGGAGGAGGAGGGUAUCUGUUUGGUGCCAGGAAGCGGCUUUGGCCAGAGGGAGGGAACUUUCCACUUCAGGAUGACCAUCUUGCCUCCCACUGAGAAGCUGAAGAUUGUGCUGCAGAAGAUCCGGGACUUCCACCUGCGGUUCACAAAAGACUUUUCUUAAUAAUCAUCUCAAAAACCAACUUAUUUUGUGCCAGUAACGUCAAGUGCCUAUGAGUGAAGGAGGUAGCAGUCUUACCUUCAUCUCCCGAAACACCCAUCUCUCAUCUGAAGGCUGCAUUCACCCUCGAUCAGAUAUUCAGAUAUUUUCACUGUUCUGCAGUGAAGAACAUGUAACGCUUGCUUGUUUAGAUAGCUAGUGAAAAUUAGAUGUCCUGCUCACAUGUAUGUACAACAUGUGAACAUGUAAUGAUUUUCAGUGAACGAUGCACUUUCCCAAAGUAUUAUCCAGCCAGGUUUGCAAUGUUAGAAAAGAUGUUAUAAUUCUGGUUGUAUGUUAUCUAAAGAGUAUACAAUGAUUCAGAUGCUGCUACAGGUACAUAUCUCCCUUGCCAAGACUUGUACUGCCAAAUUAGAUUAAAGUGUCAAUUACAUAACUUGAAAGUGAUUACUUGAUUAACUUGACUAGCCAUAAAGGGUACACUGUGUUUAGAAUUACAGAAUAUUUUCAGGGUGAUGUUUUAAGGCCUGUCUCAAAGUUCAGCCAUUCUUAUUACUAAUUUUUAAUUUGAGCUUA